UGAAGUUCAAGAUUUUCGCAACGGUUGCCAUGGGGGCAGCUGUAUACCUAUUUUUGGGUAGAGUAAUCGAGCAAUCCUGGAGACUUUCAACACAACCUGUCCAGACCCCACCCCAUGUAAGCCGGAAUAUAUUCCUCAACAGUUCUCAAUACAAAACAACCCCAGAGGAGGAGGGUGCCCGGCUGUCUAGUCUUCUACAGGAAUUCUCAGGAAGUUACCGCGAUAUUCCACCAGGCAAUGACACAACAACGUCGGCCGAAUUCACACAGUUUCAUAUCGUAAAUCCGGGAUCUGUCUUCAGAGUUGGCGACGUUUUAUUUGUGACUAUCCGUGCAAUGGAUAUCUUCAACAGAGAGAAGACUCAUGGAGGGGACUUCUUCCGUGCGAAAAUCUACACCGAGAAGACCAAGUCCAGCGCGCCGGGCCGGGUACGAGACUACGGGAACGGGACGUACGGCGUGACGUUCCGCCUCUUGUGGGAAGGUGACGUCACCGUCAGUGUGCGGAUGAUCCACACCUCCAGCGCCGUCCGCGUUAUGAAACUGGUAGCGGAAAAUUUCCCAUUCAACAGGAGCAGGUACCAGCGGAAGUAUAUCUAUGGAAAUAAAUCAUCGGUUAGUUGGUGUAGUUUGAAUCUAAAUGACCUCAAGGAUCCUCUGGAUGAUGGCAUCUGUGAUUUCUCUGAUAGUUAUGCAGGGGUGCAGUGGUUCUGCCAAAAACCCAGAGACGUGACAUGUGAGCAGUCCGUGUUCCAUCGUCACAAUGGUGCUCUUACACUUGAUAACCUAGGACUGACUGAAGAAGAGAUGGGGCAUUUCAAGUUACGUGUAACAAAAACAGGGAAUGGCCUCGAGGCCAUUAAAGCCACGAUCCAAGGCAAAAACACCACGGUUAAGGUGACGGCGAAUUUCCCUGGAGCUUCUAGGGAGGAAGAAUUACCGAGCUGCGUGCCAGGUCUCCCUGCCCCGGUUCCCUCUGGGUAUUACCGCAAUGGCCGAUGGGUAUCACGCAUCUGUGCUACAACCAAGUUAGCCCCAUUGGAGUAUAAAAAAUGCCUACAAAACAAAACUAUAGAUUUCCUCGGCGACUCAACCCUCCGGCAGUGGAUUGAAUUUUUGGCCAAGCUAUUAGACAUGGAUAGAAUUCCGGAUCCUUAUUUUACAUCAGAUACCGUCGGUCCGGAGCGUUUCAUGGAGCCGACAUGGAACAUAAGUUCCCGGUACCAGUCCCACGGCCCUCCCGUAAAAACCUUAGUUUGGUCGAAUGCCAGCGUGAUGAGUAGUUUAGUUCGAGUUAUUGACAACAUCGCCGGAGGACCCAACAGAGUGGUUGUGAUAACUCUUGGAAUGCAUUUCAGCAAUCAUCCCCUGGAUGUUUUUAUCCGCCGUGCCCGAGCCGUUCGGGACGCCAUCUUACGUCUGUUGAGUCGACAACCGGAGACAAUUAUCGUAAUGAAAACACCGAACACGUCAUCAUCAAGGAGCUUCUACUAUACGGACGACUGGUCGCUGUUCCAGAUGUACCUAGUCAUGAAGGAGAUAUUUUCCGGGUUGUCUGUUGUGUUUGUGGAUGCAUGGGAAAUGACCGACUGUCAGUUUCACGAGGACAAUAUUCAUCCACCUAACGAUGUUAUAGGCGAGGAGGUAGCUUACAUGCUGGCGUAUGUUUGUGUCUAAUUCUGAGGUUACAGUUCCAAACCGGGGCCUGGCCGGGCUGUUGGCAUCAUUAAAAAAUUAACAAUUCAUAUCAAGAAUAAUACACAAGUUGAUAGUGGUCAUGAUUAAUUUCUAAUUAAAAAUGUUUGUGUUUUCCUUCCUUUUAUUUUGUA